GCCGUAGUUUUAUGCAGGAGCUUUGCCCUUUCACUCUGCAGUAAAACCAAACCAACCUGAUUGUAACUCUUGGGGGUAGUAGUUAGCAUAACUGGUCGAGAUGGCUGCAGUUUGGCGUGCUCGUAAUUUUUCCUGUUGUGUUGUCCGCUUUUCUGACCGCGAACUGUACUAUUAAUUUUAUCUGGAGACAGAAUAGAGGACCUCUCAGAUAAGCAACUAUGGCAGAGAGUGAAAUAAAGUGUGGUGAUAUUCUGCAAGAGGAAGAGGAAGAAAAAGAAAAUGAACCUGAAGAAAAUGAAAAUUCUUGUGAUACUGACCUCCAACUGGAGCUCAGUGUUUUUCGUGCACAGUGGAUGUCUGAACUGAUACCAUCUGCUGGGUCCAGCACUGGUAAGAAAGAGCUUUCACGAUCUGGGGAUUUGAAGAGAAGACAAGACUUUGCUCAAGAGGAAAAAGCCAGGGAGCUGUUCCUCAAAGCAGUGGAAGAAGAGCAGAACGGAGCUGUAUAUGAAGCUAUCAAGUACUAUCGCAUGGCAAUGCAACUUGUGCCGGAUAUUGAGUUUAAAAUAAACUACAGCCACUCUCCUGAUCCAGACAAUACGGAAGACAAAGAACGGGACAGUGAGAUUGCUGACCUGCUCACCUACUUCCAACAGCAGCUCUCUCUGCAAGACAUUUCUCUGAAGAUAUGUGUGCCUGAAGUGGAAACAACACAGGUGCACAUUUCAGCUCUGCCCAUGGAGGUGCUCAUGUACAUCUUUCGCUGGGUAGUGUCCAGUGAGCUAGAUCUGAGGGCCUUGGAGCAGCUCUCCCUGGUCUGCCGGGGAUUCUUCAUCUGUGCCAGGGAUCCAGAAAUUUGGCGGUCAGCCUGUCUUAGAGUGUGGGGACGGGGCUGUACCAAGGUGAUUCCCUUCACUUCUUGGCGGGAGAUGUUUUUGGAGAGGCCCCACAUGCGCUUUGAUGGUGUGUACAUCAGCAAAACAACCUACAUUCGCCAAGGAGAGGAAUCCCUGGAUGGAUUCUACAGAGCAUGGCAUCAAGUGGACUACUAUAGGUACUUGCGUUUUUUUUCUGAUGGCCAAGUGAUGAUGCUGACCACACCUGAGGACCCACUCACAGUUGUUUCUCGUUUACGCAGCAGGAACCCCAGGGGGGACUCUGUAAUGUUUGGUCAUUUCCGUCUGUCCCAGGACACAGACAAUCAAACCAAAGUUUUUCUUGUCGUUUCCAAGAAAAAAGAAGAGAAGGUGGCAGAGUAUCAGAAGAACAAGCUCUGGCGAAGCCCAGGGCCGGAAUCAGAUCACAGUUUCCAUGUCGGACUGCAGCUGUCCUCUGGGGGGUGUCAGCGCUUCAGUAAGUUGGUGUGGAUCCACCACUCCUGCCACAUUACCUACAGAUCAACUGGAGAAACAGUGGUCACUGCUUUCAACAUGGACAAGACUUAUACACCUCUGUUCUUCGCACGUGUGAAGAGUUACACCGCAUUUUCAGAAAGGCCUCUGUAGGCCAACUGCCGGGACAAAGAUACUUCACAAAGUUUACACACACACACACACACACACACACACACACACACACACACACACACACACACACUUGAACCUCUUGUGAAACUCCCCUGCAUUUCUUUCAUGUCUUUCAUGCUGGAUGAAGAUUUUGAAGAAUGUAUACAGAUAAUGGUGUAAAUCUCUCAGCUUCAGUCACGAGUUGAGUCUUUGAAAUCCUUGAAAAUUCUUGUUAUAAACUUAUAAUUCUUGUUAUAAAAUUAAGUGUUUUAUGAGGCAAAAUGCUGAGAAAAUAUGGGUUGCGCUUUCUUCAUUAUUCUGAGCAAUAUCUAUGUGCUAAAGUGCUUUCACACACAAUUUCAUUAAAUGUUUGUCAUUGUACUAAA